GCAAAAGGAGCAAGAGCUGAAGAGUAGAGGAUCCUUCAGACUGGAGAAAGGGAAAACUAGAGAAGUUCCCGAGGCACCUUGCAGCCUGCCUCCUCCCCCACUUAAAACUCCUCUCCCUUCCCCGAAAGUUAAAGAGAAAGCCAAGGGUGCUGCUUCUCCCCUGUUUUCUACUCAAUAAAUACCACUUUUACCCUCCCACGGGAAAACAGAAAACUCAUUUCCUUCUCAAUUUUCAGGCUUAGAAAAGAUCGAGGCCUCGCAAUUUGAUUUUUAGCCUGGGAGAAUCAAACUCGGGAGGGUAUUGCUCUAUUUUUAAAAUCCCACACCUCAUCCUUCCCCGGACGCCAUGUCUACGAGCAGCUGUAGUUUCAAUGACCGGCGCGUGUCCAUCCUGUGUUGCAAAUUCUGUAAACAAGUGCUCAGCUCUAGGGGAAUGAAGGCUGUUUUGCUGGCUGACACUGAAAUAGACCUUUUCUCUACAGACAUCCCUCCUACCAAUGCAGUGGACUUCAUUGGAAGAUGCUAUUUCACUGAAAUUUGCAAAUGUAAACUGAAGGACAUCGCAUGUUUAAAAUGUGGGAACAUUGUAGGUUAUCAUGUGAUCGUUCCAUGUUGUUCCUGCCUUCUUUCCUGCAACAAUGGACACUUUUGGAUGUUUCACAGCCAGGCAGUUUAUGGUAUUAACAGACUAGACUCUACUGGUGUAAACUUCCUACUUUGGGGCAACUUGCCAGAGGUAGAAGAGAGUACAGAUGAAGACAUGUCAGAUAUCUCAGCAGAGGAGUGUAUUAGAUGAAUAGAAUUAUAAUAUAUAUAAUAUUUAAACUUUUUCCUAUGUAAAAAAUAUAUGAAUGGACCAAUUCAAAAAUUGUUAGUAAGGAUUUGCCAGUGAUUUAUUUUUUUGGAAAACAAAAAUGGGGCAUUUGUUGAUUUAUUCAUUUUCGGUCUCAAAUUAAUUACCUGAGUUUAUUGAACCAAUGUAGUCCUUUUCUUCUACUGCUACUUCUACUUCUACCCUUCCUCUCUCCAUCCCUCUUCCCAGUAUAGGUGUACUCUUAAAUUCAGAUAGUAGAAGGAUCUUUCCUGUGUCACUCAACUAUCUCCCAAUCUGGGGAUGGUUUUCUUACAACUAGAUGCCAGAUGUUAUUAAUUUUACAUUCGAAUAAGGGGCAUUAGUAUCCACACAUAUAUCACCAUGCUUAUAUCCAUGCAUAAAUCUAUGCAUAUAACCAUGCAUAUAAGCAUGUAUAUAUGUGUGAAGCACAGCUGGGAAUUAAAGCCUAACAGGGACUUUUUAAAAAUAGGCUGUUAGGUUUCCAUGGGUACUAGUUAUCAUAUGUUAUAUUGGCGAUAACUAUGUUAAUAUGGAACGAGACUUUGUGAAUGUAUGGAGAAAUCCUCUUGCUUCCUCAGCAUGAUGUUAGAUAAAUGAAUUUGCCAGGAAAUUAUCAAUAUAUACUGUUUACUAAUAUUAUUUAUUUACAUUCUUCUAAAGUCAUACGGAUAUUCUAUUAUGAAAGCCAGAUAACCUCCAUCUUCAAGUUUUCCCAUUCUCCAGGGCUUUCUCUGUGAAUAGCAAAUUUUAGAUGAGUAGUCUCAGUCCUAACCCUUAAAUAGAAAAAAAUUAAAGAAGUGGUUUGCUUAAGCCAUUGUACAUUAUAAAGAAGGUUUUUUACAUUUUGUUUUGCUUUGUUUUGUUUUAUUUAUCUGCAUUCAGAGCCACACAGGAAUAAGAAACUGAGAUAGUGGUGGAUUUUUGUUUUAUGAGAAGCUAAAAAUCAGUGUAUCACCUUAACUAAUACUUUAGCCAAAGGCAUUUUGUCAAUAGUAAUACCAAAACAGACCAAGUUACAGUUUUGUAAAUAAAGGUUUGUUCUAAAAA